AGUUGGGCAGGGGGAGUGUAUAAAAUAAUGCUCAGAAGUUUGUGGCCGCUGCAGUGUGUUUGUGUGUCUGUGUGUGUGUCGGUGUGGGAGAACAAGCGGCGUGAAACUUUAUUUAUGAGAGACCCGUGAAGCCGAGAUAUUUUGCACUUAAUAAUAAUUAAGGCAGCCUUGCUAAAUCCACAGGAAAGCAGCCCACUCCUGGACAAAUCAAGACUGUCACCAUGGUUGCCACAAGCACUUUAAAGACCAAAAGCAGCGAGUGCAUCUCAGAAUUGGUCGACCGAAGAUAUGACCAGGCUUGCAUUGAGAAGGAACUGGAUUUCUGGGAUCACUGCUUGGCCGAGCCUCAAAGGAAUGCAGAUGUCAAUGAGGACAGAACCUGUCAACAGCUGGCCAAGAUGUUCGAAAACUGCCUGUCACGAGCCAAAAAGACGACGCUGCACUGCUCCUCUGUGCUGGUACCAGAGACACUCACGCGGAGAAUCGCUCGAGAAGUCCUGCGCCUGGCUUCCUGCGAGCCCUGCGGCCUGCGUGGCUGCGUCCUUUACAUCCACCUGGAGCUGGAGAAGGGCUGCAAGCGGCUGGAGCGCAUUGUGUACGAUGCCACCGUGGUGCCCACAUUUGAGCUGACUCUGGUGUUCAAGCAGGAUGGCACCGCCUGGCCCAGCCUACGGGACUUCCUUUUUAUGGGGACCUGCUUUGCCCCGACUUUCAGGCACGUACUCAAACUGAGUCCUGGUUUCCGGCUCGUCAAGAAAAAAUUGUACUCCUCCGCGGCUGGUACUGUGAUCGAGGAGUGCUGAACUAUGGGAGGAUUAGAGCGGGAUAUUGAGUUUCUUGUGGGUAAACGCACUUCUGCCCAAAUGUAAAUGACACUCCAGUGGUGUCAUAUUUUCUACAGUGUUUUUGUACAACACAGUUUGUCAGUUCGACUAUUAGCAGCCAGUCGGUUCAGUUUGGAACUUGGGAUAUGAGGUUAAAAGCUUGAGCAUGAGUGAGCCGGACAGGCCUUAGUUUUGCUUCAGUGUUUCUAAAAGUUCUCUUCUUUUUUUAAGCAGCAAAAUUGUAAUAUUCUGGGUGUUUUUUUUCUUUCUUUUUCUAAUCAGAGCAUUUGUUGCUCAAACACAUUUAGAAAUUGUACAUUUUGCUAUGAAUGUAAAACUCUGAGAGGGACAUACUGUGGGUACACUUUGUUAAAGACACUAGCCACUUUGUUGAUGCAUCUGUGCGUUUCCAGAUACAUUGAAUGUGUUCAGCAUCAGUAAACACACUUAGGCUUGAGUAGGAGACUGAAUCUCAGUCUUUGGGGGCCAUAUGUAGCUGGUUGUAUAAUGCUGUAUUUAGGGCUGUGGAUGUGUUGUAUGACUGAAUGUCCUGUGAAGAUGCUGCUGUCUCGGUGUGGGGCGAUGUGGAUGCCUUAAAUGUCUUUUUCACUUGGAUCACAGCUACGUGUACGUUUAGUGUAAAUGUUUUACUGCAUUUUUAUUUUUAUAUCCCCUCCCCCCCAAGACACAGAAUUAAUAGAUUAAUAAAAAGGAUCGUAAUGGCUUAUUAGUUUUUAUGUAGUUUUUGUUAAACGGGAUGUGCAAACAAAGUUCUGGAGGUCCAGCUGGUCAUUUGUUGUUUUUGGUGAAUUUCCUACAGUUUCUUUUCUUUUCUUUUUUUAAUGAAAUUUGAAACAAACUUCCUGUUGAAGGAAAACUAGGUUUUGUCUGUUGGACAAUAAAAAAUGUAAACCUUA